AUGGCGUCCGUAGCAAGGAAAGACCUUCUCAAGAAGGUGUACAAUAUGGUCCCGCCCAUGCUUGAGAGCUUCCACAAGGGCCAGCUCGGUCGUGUAGGCGUUAUUGGUGGCAGCGAGGACUACACAGGCGCACCCUACUUCUCUGCCAUGGCAUCUGCGAAGCUUGGCUGCGAUAUGUCUCACGUCAUCUGCGAACCCGGCGCGGCUGCCGUCAUCAAGACCUACUCCCCCAACCUGAUGGUCCAUCCGAUCAUGCGCCAGGAGAAGAACGUCGCACAGUCCGAGAGCGCCGAAAGCGUUUCUGCUGAAGUCGUAAGCAUGCUGUCGCGCCUACACGUCAUCGUAAUCGGCCCCGGGCUCGGCCGCGACAAGCUGAUGCAGGAUACAUGCGCGAAAGUCAUUGAAGAAGCGAAGAGACAGGGCAUCCCGUUCGUGCUGGACGCUGACGGUCUGUUCCUCGCUCAGACACGCCCGGAGCUUGUUGAUGGCUGCAAAGAAUGUAUCCUCACACCGAACGUAGUCGAGUUCGGACGCCUGGCAAAGGCCAAGGGCGUCAACGUUGACGAGGGCGACCCAGCUGAGCUUUGCUCCAAGCUGUCCAAGGCCUUCGGUGGUGUUACGAUUAUCCAGAAAGGCUCCAAGGAUUACAUCUCCAAUGGGGACAAAACACUUGUAUCUGAUGGCGAGGGUGGCUUGAAGCGCUCCGGUGGUCAGGGUGAUACCCUCACAGGCAGCUUAGCGACACUGCUAGCAUACCGUAAGGCAUACCACGACAGAAUCUGGGACCACGACAACAGCAUGGGAAAGAGCGAGACCUUGGCUUUGGCCGCGUACGGUGGUAGCUGCAUCACAAGGGAGUGCUCCAAGCUGGCGUACAAGGAGAAGGGUCGUUCGCUGCAGGCCAGCGAUCUGACUGAGCACGUUCACACUGCUUUCCUCAACACCAUUGGAGAGAGGAAAGAGACACCACAGCUGUAG